CGGGUUCGUACUCGGAACGAAAGGGUCAGGUUAGGCGGGUCUGCUGGGCUGACAGCGCAUUGAAAACAGCGUCGCGCUUUCGGAAUCUAUCUCGUCGAAGGAAGGUUAACUUAAGCGAACUAACUUCUCUCGGGGGUGGUGCGUAACGAUAAAUCGUUUAAUUUUCUUCCGUGUACUUUUUUUUUUGUGUAUGUGUAGAACAAAUUAUGAAAAAAAGGGACUGAAAAUAUAGGAACUUAGGCGCGUACGCAAGUAAGUAAUACGUUUCUGGUAAUACGACAAAAAAUAAAAUUAAACGUGGUGGAAGAAUAAUGGUUCUACGUUCGAGAGGAAAGUAAAUACAGUGCCGUCAUCCUGGCACGUGGUAAACCGGGCCAAAGGCCUGGAUCCUCGUCUUCCUCGUCCUCGUCAACGGAGAGGUUGCAAAGGAUGCCAGGACCAACUCAAGAGAGGCCUCGAGCUCAUCGGCUCACUGACAUCGAGCCACAAACCGCCAAGGGAUUAGGAUGUAACCGAACGGACGACUUCAGUACACCUGUUAGUUCUGGUAGCAACAUGGGAAGUAUAGCAAGGUUUCCUAAACUCGACGAGUGUGCCCACUUCCAUUACGAGCACGUGGAAUUGGGUACAUUGGAGGUAUCCGUAAGCGAUGGCAGCAACGAAACAGACACCUAUGCUGUUAGGGUAACUUCCGGUGACGCAUGUUGGACCCUACAACGAUCCUACGACAAUUUCGUAAUGUUCGACAAACAAUUGCAUCGAUGUAUAUUCGAUAGAAAAUUUUCAUCCCUGCCUAAAUUACCCGAUGCAAGGCCUAAAUUACAUUGGGUUAUGAUAAAGGAUUACCUCCAAAGAUUCUCACGCCUAAAUCACGAGGGUCUUAAUUGCGGUCCCGUUUUAAAUUGGUUGCAAUUAGACAACAGGGGUAGAAGGAUACUGGUACCGGAAUCAGAUUCCUGUCCCAUAAACACGCCAGCUGUUGCAGCGGCCUAUGCUGUUAGACCUUACGUUGCACAGGCCCAGGAUGAAAUCUCAUUUCAGGUCGGAGACAUGAUCUCGGUGAUAGACAUGCCACCACCAGGUGAAAGUACGUGGUGGCGUGGUAAACACGGAUUCGCAGUCGGCUUCUUCCCAGCUGAAUGUGUCGCGGUAAUCGGAGACAAAGUUCCACGUCAUUUAACAGUCUCGGCUACGGUCAGAUCGAAAUUACCGGUAAAACCGGUGCUUAGAAAGCACGGAAAAUUAAUUGCCUUCUUCAGAUCGUUUAUCUUGAACAGACCGUCUAGGAGAAGGUUAAAACAAUCUGGGAUUUUAAAGGAACGCGUAUUUGGUUGCGAUCUGGGUGAACAUCUUUUGAACUCUGGUCAAGAUGUUCCAACGGUUCUAACGUGUUGCGCCGAAUUCAUUGAAAACCAUGGCCUCGUCGAUGGUAUUUAUCGAUUGAGCGGUGUCACCUCCAACAUUCAAAGAUUAAGAAAUGCGUUCGACGAAGAUCGCGUUCCAGCAUUGCAUUCCGACGAAAGUAUCUUACAGGAUAUACACUCCGUUGCGUCCCUAUUGAAAAUGUAUUUCAGAGAAUUACCGAAUCCCUUGUGCACCUAUCAACUUUAUUCGACAUUUGUCAGCGCCGUUCAAGCAAAUACCGACGCGGAAAGAUUGAGACGAAUGAGAGAUGCCGUUAGAAAAUUACCCCCACCACAUUACAGAACUUUAGAAUAUUUGAUGCGUCAUCUGGUAAGAGUGGCAGCACGUGGCUCGGAAACUGGGAUGACACCGCGAAAUGUUGCAAUCGUUUGGGCACCUAAUCUUUUGCGAUGCAAAGAAUUGGAAGUUGGUGGGGUGGCUGCCCUACAAGGUGUAGGAGUACAAGCAGUGGUGACAGAAUUUUUGGUCUGUUACGCUGAAUUAAUAUUCGGCGAUGGACCGGUCGGUAGGCCAAAAUCUUUAGCCAUAACGACACCUGCUCGUUUGCUCAGUUUGGAGGAAGCACGAAAUAGGAGUGUGAGAGGGGAACCAGAUUAUAUUGAAGUUGGUGCGGGUCCAGCAGGUUUGCCAUUGCAUUAUCAUACGGUGAUAGAACUGCCACGAAAGAGAAAUGGCUCGAAGCGUUCACCGUCAUUAAACUGGAGAGCUUUGUUCGGUAGAGGUGGUUUGGGUGGUACCAGAGGCAAAGCCAGACAAGUUGGCACGCCACCCCAAAUAGAAACGGUGCCAAGUUCCUUAAACUCUUUGCGACGAUUGAGACCAGUCAAAAGUGCGGAUAGUUUGGAUGGCGAGGACAGUUUGGGUCCAUUAUUGGGACCACCACCGGCGAGACCUUGCGGUCAUAGUAGAUCAGUAUCUCACGAUUCUUAUUUCGAUCAUCUGGCCGAUGCACCCAAUCCUACAUCGCCACUCGAUCUUUCGGAGAUCCAACUUAAUUUUGAUCUCGAGGAAAGAGAGAUGAGAAUGUUUUCGGAAGAGGAAAGUGCUGGAGUUGCUUCGGUCGAAGCAUCACCUCGACGACAGAGGACGGAAGGUACUCAGUGUCCCCCAGUUACCGGAGGUUCCAAAAGAAAACGAUCGAGACUCGAAGAACGAUUGCAUUGUGACGUCGAAUUACGUUUUAUCGAUAGUCAAAGUCCUGAUCAGGUAAUGGUAUCAGCAGACGUACACAACAUGGAAACACCAUCGCCGUUACCAACUCCAGGUUAUUUGCCAUUAUUAUCCGAAGCAUCGACUCCUUUGACUCCGGCAACGUUGCAAGGAACUUCAAAUUCGACUUCACCGAUACCAGUUAAUAGUCCUAGAAUUAGUUUUCGAAGUUUUACUUUGCCGUUAGAGAUAGACGACGAACAAACCAAUACGAAUAAUAAUUUGAACAGAGCUAGCGUGUCUUCCGAUAAAACAUCCGACCCUAGUCAUAGGUUAUCAGUAAGUUUAAACGAACAGAAUAACGCUAAGUCUUGCGAAAUAAUACGUAGCUACGAUAGACACGAGGAUCAUCAUUAUAGUAAAAACACUAUAAUCGAGUCAAACAAAGCUCGAAAUAACGAAGAGUCGACGGACGCUGGAAUAUCUGAUAUUCCGGAUCAAGAAAUGACCCCUUGCGAGAGGUUAAUAUCAUUGUGCAGCGAAGUUGAAUCAAGUAGAUUGACUUCACCCUCUAAAGACAUAACGGACGAGUCCGAAUUAUGUCAAAUGGAGAAAAAUCAAUUGAGUAUAGAUAAGAAGGAUACAUCGAAUGUUAAAAAGAAAGAAAAAACCCCAAAUAAUAAUAAUAAUAAUAAUAACAAUAAUAAUCAUCAUCAUUAUCAUCAUCGAUCAAAUGAUAUACAGAAUCAAGUAAUGAUAGCCGAAAAUUCCGAUUUACACGGGCAACAUUUAUCCAACACAACUGAUCUUGAUUCACCGAUGUCUUGCGAACAAACUUUGGAAGAUCUGCCGGAUUCCGGUUUCGUAAUAUGCGAUAGUUCCGAUAAAAUCUUUACAAAUACGGAAACGCAACCUAUGGUUACCACGACUAAUGAUUCUGGGGAAUGGGUUAUCGUCGAGAGGACAACUGGUUCGAUUACAACACCCAGCAGCGAAUCGAGUAGUCCUAAAGAUCCUUUAGAGGGUACAAUGAAUCCUGCCAUUGCUACGGAAGCACCACAAUUGAGAUCAAUGUCGGAAAAUAUUUCACGAACUUCUUUGGAUCUUACUAUGGGUUCUACCGUAGACACGGACACAUCUUGCAUCGGUGCUAGCGAUUUAACCGAGAGUCCUGUUCUCGCACAAGUUUCCGGUGACAUGACGUGUGAUGUUAACGAUGUCAAAGAUUACAAAGAUUUCGAUGAACAUGACGACACUCAGAGACCAUCAACCACCACAUACACCAACGAAUUUACGAAUGAUUUACCUUCCCUAUUACAAGAUCAAGACAACGGUAACGAAAAAGUUUGCGAGCUCAAUAUAACCGACAUCGAAUCUAAUCAGGAACCGUCCGAAAUGAAAAUUGACAACAAUUCUUCUUUCGUUCGUCUUGACAACAAUACUCAUUUACAACAGGGCAAUAAGAAAAAUCAAGAAAACAAAAGAACCGAAUGCGAAACCGAUAUGACGAAAAAUAUGAAAUUGAAACAAAAGCAACAGGAGAUACAAAGAUGUUCACAACAAUUGGACAAGAAUAAAGAAAUCUGUGGAAUCGGAACGGAAGAAGAGGAUGACGACAAAGAUGAUAUGUCCAACAAGUGCCAAAAUUUCGAUGUCAACAAAAUAUCUCAGAAACAACAGAAUCAGAGUACCCAGAAUAAAUAUAUUACGAAACACGAUAAUAAAGAGAGUCCUAAAAGAAACAGUAUACGUCAUUCGCAAUUAAGAGAGAACAUAGAAGUUGUCAUACCAUCGGAGAACGCAGCUGAACCAUGUGGGAUCGCACACGUACCGGAAGGUGCAUCCGAAGCAAUGCCAUUGGACGAUUCCUCGUCAUUUUCAAAUGCAUCCUCACCAGUGGACGAUUCAAUAGUAUUACGAGAUACUGCUGCCAUUUUACAAGAGUUAGCAUUGCAAAGAUUGUCAGGUGGUAUGGUUGGUGAUUUGUCUAUUCCAUCUAGAAGAAGAUACGAAACCGAAAACGUUGUCAAUCGUGAACGCAGAAGUUUUGAUUCCGAGAUAGGUCGUGAAAUAGUCAGGGAACGGAAAAUGCGUCAAGAAUUGGAUUCCGCAAGGGGUAAAUCUGAGGAACCACCUGUUAAUAUAACGAGCCAUCAUUUGCCACCAUGUUUAAGGGCACGUCACGCGAGGGCAACUCGUGCAGCAUUGAGCAGAUCCCUCGACGAGGCAAAAUUCAAUCAAAUGACCAGCGGUGAUUCUUCCUUACCUGUCAAACAAUCAUCGAAUGAUGUUGUUCAGCAUAGUUCGACACCUAACGUUGGCACCGUUACAACAAGCAGCAACAACAGCAGUAACAGCAAUUCAUCGUCCAAUUGUUCCGAGAAAAUUCAAUUGAAAAAUCUCGGUGGCCUAGAUUUGGGUGACCCACAGUGUCGAGAAAGAAUAGAAAAGUACAAAGAGGAAAGGCGGACGUUUCUAAGGGACAAAUAUAGGUCCGAAAGUUUUCGCGGUAUGUCCUCGAAAUCCGAAGGUGAUGGUGAACAGGCCUUGCUCGCCAGAUUAAAACAGAGAACUUCGACUAGGCCAUCAUUUCAUUGACACUGAGCUGAUACCAAUUUCUGAACACUAUUAUCUUUCAUCUUUCUAUCUUUAUCUCUGUCUGUCUCUAUCAUCCUUCGUCUUAGAUUCAAUUUAUGAAUAUAUGAAUCUGCUAAAUAUAUUAAUGCUGCCGGAUCCAUUGCUUUUAACUUUGGAAAUUAUAUUUUUUUUUCUUUUUUGUUUUGAGAAUAAGACUCGCGUCUCGUUGUUUUAACGAGAUUUAUUAUUUGUUCAUUAUUUUUUUUUUUUCUUUUCCCUUUUCAUUUGUCUUUUCAAUGAUGAUGAUGAUGAGAAAUUGCACUGUCUAACAUUGAACGUGCAAUAUUAAAUAUUAAUGGUUUUUUUUUUCUGUUUUUUUUUCCCCCCCUUAUCCCUUCCCUUAUAUAAAUACUUCCUAUAAUUUAUUAUGCGAUCGCGAGUGUAACCACAUUUUCCUUAUUUUGUCUUUUUCUUCUUUUUCUUUAUUUUUUUUUUUACUACAUUGUUAUAAGAAUUUUUAAACGAUAAGAAUAUUUUUUAAUGAUAAUAUUUUCCCAAAGAGAUAAGGUACGCGCGUCUAAUCGUAAUUUAUUGUGUUUUUAUUGUUAUAUUAUUAUUAUUAUUAUUAAUAAUAAUAAUAAUAUCGGCUUCUAUAUAUUGUACGUUUUUACUUGGAACGUGUAUGUACCAGGGAGUUAUGCGCGUGUAUGUGUGUUGGUGGGUGUGUUUGUGCGUGUGUCUCUUUCACCAUCUGCGGAAUUGCAUUUUUAAUUGAUUAAUUAAUAAAAUAAUUAAUUAAUUAUUAUAGGAAAAAAAAAGUAUUCGAGUGAGGUGCCCCUCCUCCUCCUCGUGUGUUGGAAUUCGUGUAACGAGAAUAUUUUGUUCAAACACGCUUCUCUUCUUUCGCAUUUUUAUUGUAGAUUAAAAGAAAAGAGAAAAGAAAAGAUAAGUUAAGAAAACAAAAAAAAAAAAUAGAAGAAACAAAUGGAUGGCGUCGUUAUGCGUUGUUUUUUUUUUUUUCAUUGUUGAACAAUUACUGAUUUUUAUGCUUAAAAAAAAGAGAGAGAAAAAAAAAUAGAUGAAAUAUCUUUUUUAUAUUGAUAUAUGAAAUGCGUGUUGAGAUUAGUUUCUUUUUUUUAUAUAU